UCUUUUCCUUCACUCAAUUUCCGCAAAUCGUUCAACGCCAUUCGGUUUUUUCGCUAAAUGUCAAAAUAGUUGUAUUCGAAUCAAAAAUAGUCGCCUGUAAAAUAAAAAUUUCGCAAGGCACGUCCUGAUUUCUAAAUGUUACAUUAGCAUAUUAAAAGUGGCUUCGUAUUUGUGGUAAAUAAUGGCCACAACGGCGUACGAACACGACGCUGACGGUUGCAAGUUCAUACCAGCAACCCAACGCCCUGACGGCACAUGGCGCAAACCGAGGCGAAUAAAGGAUGGCUACGUACCACAGGAGGAGGUGCCACUUUACGAAAGUAAAGGCAAACAGUUUAAAGCCAGACAGAGCACAGGCCUGCCGGUUGGUCUGACGCCGGAGAUAGUAGCUGAGGCUCAGAAGAGCAAGAAAGGCCAAGGGACCACCAUACAGCCCAUUCCAGGGAUGAUCAUCAAUGUUGAAAAGAAAAAGAAGAAAAAGAAGCCAUCUAGUGGUGCUGAUGAAGCAGCGGAUAAGCUUGCCAAGUGCGAGAUAACAGAGCCUGCAUUCACGAGUUCCUCGCCAACCUCCAACGAUCCACCAGCAGACCCCGCCAAAAGACUAAAAAAUCUCAAAAAGAAGCUCCGAGACAUAGAGCUUUUAGAAGAAAAGAUUAAAUCUGGAGCCCUCAAGACACCCGACAAAGAUCAGAGAGAGAAAUUGAUGAAGAAAAAUGACAUAACAAAAGAAAUAGAUGAAUUAGAAAAGAGUAGUCAAUAGAUUAAGAUGACAGUGACAUUAUAUUUUAAACAUUUGAUAAUCAUGUUUUAAUUGUGAUGCGGGACAUUUUCUAAUCAAUUUCCCACCUUCAGAAAAUAAUAUAGCAUAUUUUAUAUGUAUACCAAAUAUAGUGAUCUAGUAAACAUCUGUGGAGUAAUCUUUUCACAUUUCUAAAUUAGAUUUUAAUGUGCAUGAAAGUAUACUUAAAUAGCGACACAUUUUAAAAAAUAUCAGUUAUGUAAAUGGAAUUUAUUCGUCUUAUGAAUGAAUGUGUGCAAUGUUAUUAUACAAUGAAAUUGAUGUAACAUGUAAAAUAUACUGAAUAACUUUUGUGUUGUCAUUAUUUACCAAUAGUGGGUGUUAUUGUGCAGUUGAGAAGCCAUCUGAGGUAACAUCCUGCAAUAUUAUUCACUGAAGGAUGACAGUCUUCUUUAACAUAAAAUUGAUUCCUUGUCAGAAGCAAUAAAAGAUAAAUAA